UUACUAGUGUUUAUAUCCUACUUUUGAGUUACGUAGUAAGAAUUUUCUGGCAAGUCGCCAUGAAUAAAACUAUCAAAGUCAUAGAUAAUAAGAUAGAAGAAGCAUUCAUUCAUUUCUUCUCGUAAGAUCAGUGAUACGUCAACAGUCAUUGUUAUACUUUCACGCAUUGCAUUCUAAUACGUUUUAUAUUGUCUAUUUAAGUGAAGAAUUAAAGUUUUUUCUAUUUUUAUUCAAACAAUUUGACGAAAUGGAAAAUUUACAAGUUGUACAAACUCAUUCUAUAACUGAAGAACGAAAAAUUAUAUACGAAUGGAAAGUAGAUCACUUUUUUUCAAUUAUGCGAUUUGCCUUGAGCAACAAAGAGAACAGUACAAUCCAAUCACCAGUUUUUUCAACUAUUAAUAAUUCCGACGAUAGUUCGUGGUAUUUAACACUGCAAUUAACGCAUGCACCUCAACAGGGCGAAUGGUUUGCAACAGCUUUGACAUAUUGUGGUGGACAUCAAACGUUAAGAGCUAGAUAUUCGAUAAGUUUUAUUGAUGAUGCAGGAAACAAACAAUUGGAAGAAAUAGGAACUAAAAUUUUCCAAAAAAAUGUAGGACAUAUUAUUCGGAAGUCUCGUCCAAUGAGUGAACUACUUAAAGAAGCAAGUAAAAUAGUACCUGAUGAAACAUUAACUGUAUCCCUUGAACUUACUGAAUUUAUCGUACGCUCUUACGUUAAUCCACCCAUUACUAAACUUCGAUUAAAAAGAUCGCAUCAAAUUGUCGACGAUUUGCCAGCUAUUUUUCAUAGUAAAGAAGGCAGUGAUAUUAUUUUAGUUGUUGGUCAUAAGAAAAUUCCAGCACACAAGGCUUUACUAAUGAAUCGAAAUAAUGUAUUUCGCGCAAUGCUGACAUCUGACACGCAAAGCACCAAAAAUAAUGUAAUAAAUAUUUUUGAUAUGGAUUCUGAAAUCCUUGAAAAACUAUUAGAAUUCAUUUAUACGGACAAUGUGACUAAUCUUGAUGGAGUUGCUGAACGUUUAUAUGAAGUAGCAGAUAAAUAUCAGAUACCUGCUCUUAAAAAGUUAUGCGAAGAAUCACUUUGUAAAAACAUAACUGUUGGAAAUGCCGUUAAAUAUCUUGUUUUACUCAAUCGUUAUAACGCUAACAGAAAAUUUUUGAAUUAUAUAGCAGAUUUCAUUGCAAUCAAUUCAAAAAUAAUCAGCGAAACUGAAGAAUAUAAAGCAUUACUAAACACUAAUCCAGCAUUAUUGUUGGCUGUAUUAACAAAAAUUUCCAAUAUUAAAUAGAAAAAAAGAUCAACAUCUUAGCAAUUCAAUACUGCAUCAUAAUCAAGAUGUUUUUAAAUUUAUUGUUAUCAGUCAUAAUCCUUAUCUUGGAUCUUAUUUAAAUCUUUUUACUUUUUUUUAUCAUUAGUUUCAUUUUAGUAAUAUUAUUUACAAUAGUUAUUAUAUCAAUUAUAUAAAUGGACUCAAUAUUUCUGCUAAUUUGUUGCUGUCAAAGUAUAUUUUGUAAAUCAAAACAAAUUAU